UCUGUUCAGAUCUGUUACAUUCAGCAACAAAUUUCUGCUGCAUCAGACAUCCAUCAUAGAUCCCACACUCAGCCUGAAACAUGAUCAGACACCCCAUACAAGGCUACGCACGAGGAAAGGACUAACAAAAACACAAUGCUAAAGGGCAUUUUGGACUAAAAAGACAGGCCCAAAAGUGGAGACAUAAACAUUUUGAGUGUAAUCUGCUGAGGAGCGGGGGUGACUCCACGCUCUAAUGUCUCACCUGAAGAAGCCUCUGACCCCUUUUUGCUCUUUUACAUCUCCCUUACUUUAAUUUAUAGAGUUUAGUCCAGCUCCUGUGAAGUUUGUUGUUAAGGCCCUGACCAAGCACAUGCUUAUGUGUGUGUGUGUGUGUGUGUGUGUGUGUGUGUGUGUGUGUGUGUGUGUGUGUGUGUGUGUGUGUGUGUGUGUGUGUGUGUGUGUGUGUGUGUGUGUGUGUGUGAGAGAGAGAGUGUUUGUGUGUGUUUUCAUGAUGUAUUUAAAAGUACAAGGACAAAGGACAGAAUUAGAGGGGAAGAGAUGGAGAGAGAGUGCAUCAAAUGUCGGCAUGGGGCCUUAAAUGAUUGACAGCGCUGUAGGAUUUCAGAUUGUGUUUGCUCAUGUGGAUAUUUGUGUGUGUGGGUGUGUGCGUGCGUGCGUGUGUUCAAUAUGCUAAAUAUCAAAGUAUACACGCAGAAGAGCACAACAGUCAUUUCUAUAUUUCCAUAUUGUAGAAAACACCCUUUGAUGAACCCAGUCCUCGCUUUAUUCUCUCUCUCUCUCUCUCAAUAUGACUGAACUGUUACGUCUAAAUUGAUUAUGAUUUAUGUAGCUUCAUAUUGAAGAUAGAUUGUUCAGUUAUUUCAUAAUAAAUGUCUGUAACAGGACAGACUUGAUUAUUGCAUUAUGAAAAAAUCAAUUAUUUUAAUUCCUUCACUGCAAAUUCAAUCUUUUCUUCAAUCAAUAAAAUCGUUAAAAUGAUGUACAUCCGUCCUUGUUAUUAAAUUAUGGACAAAGUACAUUUUAUUCUCUUACUUGCCAGAUUAAGUUUUAAUCAAGCUAUUUGUUAUUUAUGAGGGAACCUUUCUUGUACCUUGUGUUGGGCAUAUCAAUACAAAGAUGAUAUAGAUGCAUCUGAUGCAUUAGAAGUGAUUGAAGGUUGUUUUGGGUUUUCAUGGGAAAAAAUAUUAGGAGACCUUUUUUUUGUAUGCAUGAAACAAAACUGUCAAAAUAAUUGUUGAGUAUGUAAAACUUUGAAAAAUAAGAAUUAGAGUGAAAUAAACAAUGUUGUGUUCCUAAACAAGCUGUAUGAGUAAUUAAGACACCUACAGUUACAGGCCCAUUGAUCAGCUUUGAUGAAUAGAUAUUAACAUGUAAAGGAUUGAAUUUACUGUGCUCAUGUCAUCUGUGAAAACAUAUUCUCAUUUUUUAUAUCCUUACAACAAUGAAUUGUGACACACACACAAAAAGAAAAUCCCAGAGGUUUUUUUUAAAUAUUAAUCCAAACUGCUUCAUGAUUUAAGAAUAUGUAAAUUUACACUCUGGUAAUUGUGAUGCUCAUAAUGAACCCACACAAUUACAGCAGAGCAGACAGCGCUCAUGCCCACACAGCCUCAGCACACAUCGUCUGCACACAGCAUUCACUGUGAGGAAUCAAAGUAAUCUCCACCUAAAUGUCACAGGAGACUUUCUUGGCAAUUGUUGCCUUGCUGUGAGGAUGUUUCGAUGUGGCCUUCAGUCUGAUGUGUCUGCACACACCUCCAAGUCUGAUUAACUUUCCAUUCCAUUGAGGUUGAGAAGUUAGACAAGGUUAACCUCUAAUUUACUGUUGAUGGAUACAAGUCUGGAUUUUUGCUCUGAGCUUGAAACCUUGGGUAAAUUGCUCUUAUAGUAAUGAAAGAAAAUAAAGAUUGCUUUUUACAAUUAACCACCAGUAAGUGUUUGAUUGUGUCAUUUAAUCCUUUAAAAUUAAUUUUCCCUCUCUGCUCCAAUUUGUUCCUAUUCCUGUAUUACAUUUCUGCACUGGUAUUUGCUGCCCGAACCUUGGCUUUUUUUUUUUUUUUGUUGGCUGGGGGCAGAUGGUUGAUUUGCAGAGAGUUGCAUUUUCAACCUUGGGGCCUGUUUGUUAUUUUUGAAAAGCUUUUUAUUUUUCCCCUACUGACAGUUUUUUGAUUUCUUGCUGUGGAAAAGAGACACUGCUCUCACAUAAAUGCAGUCCUAAUAAGCCAUACCAGCAUACUCCUGUUUGCACUUGACUGAAUCACUGAAGCAAAUCAUUCACAGCUCUCCUGUUAGCGUAUGAACCGGUGCGACUGGGUUUUUUAUGUGUAAAUCUCUGUGUUUGUGUAGUCGAAUCAGAUUCAUUCGUAUGAGCGAGUCAACAAAAGCUUUGAUGAGAACAAACGACACAAAUUCCGAUGAAGCUACAGAGAAACAAAAAGAACAAGUAUAGUGUCGGUCUUUAGAGAGAAUGUGUGUGUUUUUCAGAGUGUGUGUGUGUGUGUGUGUGUGUGUGUGUGUGUGCUUGAUGAGGUUUAGUUUUGAGUCAGAGGCAGCACCAAAAGCCUAAGUCUGAGAGUGUGUAGGAUGAGCCUCCUACCACGUCCCUCCCUGUCUUUCAUCAAAUGUCUCUCUGCCUCCUCUUAAUUUCUCCUUCUCUUGUGUGUCCGCUCUCAAAUGUACAACUAUGAAUUGAUUCCUGAUUGAUAAAUUAAUUGAUUAAUGACAUUGCUUGUGAAAAGCUUAAUUUAACAGGUAAAAGUCUAUGAAACAAAGCAAACCAUCAGACAGUACAAAGGCCGCAUAUACUGUCCAGUAUAUAAUCUCUAUGUGCUGCACCCAUGACUGUUAGUGUGUGUAUGUUUGUGUGCAUGCAUAUAUGUGUGUAUGCAUGUUUGUAUCACUCACAGUGAUUAAAGCAAGUGGGCGGCAGCAGCAACUGGUCUGCCUGUGUGGCUCUGCAUAGCAGACAUGUUUCUCACUGCUAGAUAUUACUCAUUUCCUCAGCCCUUUGCACACACAAGCACACACACACACACAUACACACACACUCUUGAGACACACUCACAUACACAACAGUCACAGAGACGGAUAGCAGGCUCUCAGUUCUUUCCCUCAGUUUGGUGGGCUCGCUGGUGUUAUUUCAUGCGUACACAGAUCAGAGGCAGUGUGUAGCUGGAGGCUGCUGCUCUCUGCGGGUGUUGUAGCUGGCGGUGGUGGUGCUGUGGAGAAGCAGUGUAGCACAGUUAGGAGCUGAGGAGUGGGUUGACCCUCUGGGAGGACUGGAAUAUGAAUGACUGCCAACACUGGGACGCCUGCUCAGCCGGCACUAAGUUGCCAUGGUGACAGUGGGGCGGAUGGUGAGACGGCAGGGAGUUGGAAGGCUGUUGAGACAGACGUGCGGGUGAGUGGUGCUUCAGUACAAAAUAAUCAACAGUGAUCUGACAGUGAUGCUGUGUAGCAGCCUUCCCCUCUGUCUGCGCCCCUCGUUCUCCCGUGAGGCCCAUGUGACCUAGCCAACACCCACGCACAGGGGGCCCCCCGACUGCUGCUGGAGCCUACCCAUGAAUCCCAGCCCCGACCGCGGCCAAGAGUGCCUCCCCCCGAAGAAAAGGGAGUCUCGUCAAGGAUCGACAGAGCACCACAUCCCCCUGGAUGAGUUUAAACCCCCUGUGCCGCUCCGGAGUCGGUCCACCGGAGGGGGAGGAGAGGGAGGCAGGGAGGCCAUUGAAAAGGACCGAGCUCUGGUUAACCAAAACCCCCAUCUCCUACAUACUCCUCCACCUCUUCCUGCUCCAGCACCGGGCCUCCCCCUGCCCCUACCUUGGCACUUAAGCUACUCCCCCUCUGUUUCUCUCCCCCUUUUUCCAGGGCCAGUUGGCGAGAGGAGGAGCUCAGGGUCUCCCGCCUGGAGAGAAGAUGCUCUCUCCUUACCCCUGCCCCACCACUCCAGCUGGCUUAGAGGGGACGGCCCCCUCUCCUUGCCACCAUCCUCCUCUGCCUCCUCCUUUAAGACUCCCUUUCCGGCGGAUUCCCGAGAGAUGUGGUCCUACAUCAACAGCGGCCGGCGUGAAAACAGCUCCUCUCUCUUCUCCCCAUCGUACUUGUUUGGCCAUCAAUCUCUAUACGCCCAAGAUCGGAACUUGGUUGAUGCUAGACAUCGGUACCUGGUUAAGAGGCCCAACGGCCUGGACGGGCCGGGCAGCAGGACUGCUUCAACUUCCAGGCAUCUGCUCACAGGAGAAUAUGGAAAUGAUAGCAGUAGACUCAGGCUGGACAUCAGUCCUCACAGCUCUCACACCAAUGGAGGACGGAGACAGCAGGAAGAUUUAAACUCCCGAGUCCAUUCUGGAGGGCUUUUUUUGUCCGAUUCUCAAGCUCAAGAGGGCCCUGAGCUACAUUCCUCACUGCAGGUCAGACAUGGGAUAGGUAAGACCAGCUCAAAUCAACUCCCCACUAGUCCUCUUCCCCUGGGGCCAGUCCCCAGGCCCAGUCGAGGGGGGCUAUUAGCUUCCUUAGGGGCUACACCAGCUGAAGCCCAAAUCUACUACUCUUUGGGAUCGGUUUGCCACCCUAGCCCCCAAGCCCAGACUUUUCCACUGUACAGCCCCUCAGGAUCACCUCUGUAUAACCUGCACAGGGAGCCAGGCCACAGGCAGCACAACCUCAGAAACUCCCCACACUCCCCACUUGGUCUGCCCAACAGCCAUGACAGGUCGCAAAGAGACCGGGACAGAGACAGAGACAGAGACAGAGACAGAGACAAGGUCACACAAAGGGACAGGGAACGAGGUAAAGACAAAGAGAAGCACCUUCAACAUGACCAAGAAAGAGACGCCGCGCGAGAGAGACGGCGGGACAGAGCCACAGAUCGAGGGAGAGAGUCUUCUCCUUCCCACAUUCACGCCUCAUCCCCGGACCUUCACCCAUCUCCCCCCACGCUCCUACCUCACUUCACCAAGGGGUCUCUGAUAGAGUUGGCCAGCGGACGGUUGAAGCGGGUGGAGGAGCUGCGGACAGAGGACUUCCUGAGGAGCGCCGACACCUCGCCAGAGUUCCACCUUAGCACCUGCACUGUGCUGCUGAUUUCCCCCAGCAGUUCUCAGGGCUUCAGCCACCUGCAUGUCCACCUCACAGACCUCGACACUCAGGAGUUACUGAAGGUCUUGGUGGAGUAUCCGUUCUUUGUGCAGGACCGAGGCUGGUCUUCUUGCUGUCCCGAGAGAACCUCACAGCUGUACGGCCUGCACUGCCGCCAGCUCAUGGAGGGGGAUGUCUGCCUGGCCCUCACCCCAACAGCCAACCAAACCCACCGAACACACACGCGUACCAGCUCCAGGUCCCAUCGAACGCAAGUCCCCUCCAGGGUCGCUGGAGAGUCAAGCAGCUCAUACAGGGACGAGAUGCCACCUCCGCCUCCCCCUCCGCCUCUUCCUCACCACCCACCUCCAACGGUGCCUGCCCCUCCUGGCGCUCAGGACGCAGAGCCCCCCCUUCAGGAGCAGCCACGUCAUCGCAAACGGCGCUGGUCUGCCCCGGACUCCCUCCCCCCAACUGGAACUGAUGAAAGUCUCCUGGAUUUACCUCAUGGCUCAAAGCUGAUGAAGUGGCAGUAAAAAAAAAACAUGGAAAUGCAUAUGUAUACAUGCACACUUACACACACAUGCACAUAAAUACAUAUAGGCACAUACACACCCUCCUUGUCUCUGUUGCACCAACCAAGACAAACAAUGGCGAGACCUCAAGGCAGGGUUGCAGGGAAGGAAUAAAAAAAACAAUAGAAAACACAAUUUACGGGUGUCCACACUGCUGCCCAAAAGUUGAACCUCGUCCGCCAUAUUCUACCCCUCUUUCCCUUAACCUCCUUUCCUAUCCUCUCCUUUCCUUUCCUUUCCUUCCUUUCCUAAACUAUACUUAGCACAGCCCUGAAAGGAGCAGCAGCUGAAGGAUCUCUGGAAAGCUCCUUACAGACACACCGAAGACAUUUAGUGAGACAAUCAAGCACUGUCUGUGUUCACUCUGUUUUUGUAAUGGUUGUCCAGCACACCUACUUACUGACAGUGUUAUCUGCAGGGUAUCUUUUUUCAAUUAGUGUAAUGGAAGUAAGCCCUAUUGAUGAAGUGCAGAAAUAUAUAUAUAUAUAUACAUAUAUAUAUAUAUAUAUAUAUGUAUAUGAACAAAAGUUGACUAUAUAUAUUACAUUACAAAUGUUAUAUACAGUAAAUAUGCUAAAAAGAUUUAAUGCAAUCUCUCUGUCAGUUUUGCAAAUGCAUUCUUGUUAUUUCCUAAUUUUCUUGCUUCUCAGCUGAUGGCUACAUGUCAGCCUAGGCAGGCAAGGUGAAUGUAUGAGUAACUCUUCGCCUUUUUUUAUUCACAUCACUGGGAGUCAUUACAAACAAUUGUUCAUCAAGGCAUUACCCUCCGAUAUGUUCUUAACAUUAGCUCUGAGAAAGGGAGAACACUAAUGAAAACUGCGUAACAGACAAUCCUGCCCACACAGACAGGUCUGUGCCACAAUGCCUCGACACUCAUGGUGAUUUUCCAUUAAAACUGAAUGACGGAGAGAGUAGAAAGUACAGUGUGGCUGAAGAGUAAUGGUGCUAAUAACACGUUGGAACAUGAUGCUUUGUGAAUACUCUUGACCCCUGUGUACUGUACACUUCUGUUCCCAUCUCGUUUUUUUUUUUUACGUACUGUAUUUGUUUGAAGGCAGGGAAAACGAUGAAAGUAUUUUAAACUCAGAUACGGGUAUCUCCUCUGAUUCAGCACACUCUCUCACUUUAGUUUUCGUGUUUCUUUUUUUUGAAAGAAAACCUUACCUGUUGAUUUUCUUUUUAAAUGUUAUAGCUACAAAAUGUAUAUUUUUAAAAAUUGUGAAUCUGUUAAAUGAUGUUCGCUAGAAAUAAAGGAAAAAAAAGCUUUAUAGA